CUUAAUAUUAAUCUCAACAUGGAUAUAUACAACACAGGGCUGGAAUCUAUUGUGUGCAAUGUAACACUCCUGCAAAUGAAAGCAUCCAACAUUUGCAACGAAAGUUUGGCUGAAGGUGGAAUCUCAGAGGUCAACACACACUACAUUAUAGGCCUGGUCUUAUCCUGUCUCUAUACUAUUUUGCUGUUCCCUAUUGGCUUCAUAGGCAACAUAAUGAUCUUAGUUGUGAAUAUCAGUUUCCGGGAGAAGAUGACCAUUCCCGAUCUGUAUUUUAUCAAUUUGGCUGCUGCUGAUCUCAUCUUGGUCGCGGACUCCCUCAUUGAAGUAUUUAAUCUCAACGAGAAGUACUAUGACAUUACAAUACUUUGCACCUUUAUGUCGCUUUUCCUUCAGAUUAAUAUGUAUAGCAGCAUAUUCUUCCUAACCUGGAUGAGCUUUGACAGAUACAUUGCACUGACAAAAGUGAUGAAAUCUAACAUCUUCCGGACAAAGAUGCACGCUCGCCUGAGUUGUGGCCUGAUCUGGAUGGCUUCUAUAUCGGCCACACUGCUGCCAUUCACUGCUGUACAGGUGCAGCACACAGAGGACGUGCAUUUCUGCUUUGCCGAUGUGAAAGAAAUCCAAUGGCUAGAAAUUACUUUGGGGUUUAUCAUUCCCUUUGCCAUUAUCGGCCUGUGCUAUUCGUUAAUUUUCAGAGUGCUAAUAAGGGCUCACAAACAUAGAUGCAUGCGGCCUCGCCGGCAAAAGGCUCUCAGGAUGAUUGUAAUAGUUGUCCUGGUAUUUUUCAUUUGCUGGCUGCCAGAAAAUGUUUUCAUUAGCAUUAGCUUACUUCAGAGUGAGAAUGAGGAGCAGUCAAAUAAUCACUCCUUCAGGCACAAACACCCACUCACGGGUCACAUUGUAAACCUUGCAGCGUUCUCCAACAGCUGCUUGAACCCUCUCAUUUACAGCUUCUUAGGGGAGACGUUCAGAGACAAACUUCGGCUUUACAUCAAAGACAAAAAGAGCAUGGCGGCCUUCAACAGGUUUUGUCAGACCUCUGUGAAAUCGGUCAUUCCGGAAAGUACUGAUCACUCGGAGGGUAAAUACAUCACUGGCGUAUAAAUGACAUGUGACUUGCAGCUGGCUUGGCCAUUUCUGAAUGGUCUGAAGGCACUUUAUUUUCUAUUUUAAAGCACUAACUUUGAUUGUGAAUAAUUUCCUGCAUAAUUGGAUACUUCCAACAUGCUAAAUGAAGCACUGUGUGCUCAAAAUGGUUUAAAAUGAGCAAUAAAAUCAGAAUUAGUGUUGA